UUAUGCUAUUCAAUCUGCAUUCUGCAGUGCCCCUGACUGUAACUAAAUUUUAUUGAAUUUAGAUUACGUUUUCCAUCUUCUGAAGGAGUUUAAUAAAUUCUGCGUCCACCACAGAUGUCUUCCAAAUAACUUACAUUCCUGCAUGAACUAUUCCUGCACUUGUUUUUCAACUUAUUAGAUCACAAUGAUUUUGGUAAAUAGACUUUGGUUUGUCUGUAGAACUAACAAAUACCCCAUGAAAGUAUUAUGGUCUGCAGGUAAAGGAGAGAGAGUUAUACUUGAUAACUCAAAAAUAUAUUCCGUACUAUUGUGCAAACAGUGUGUUCAAAACUUUUCCAAAUCAGUGUCUGUACAGUCAAGCAAGCAUUUACCAUUUUCAAGGGUAUUUUCCGGUUAUGUGCGACAUGUGCUGCAAUGUAUUAGAAGACCAAAAUCAACUAAUGCUAACAGUGCGCCGUUGAAAAGCUCUGGAAACAAAAGUGAAAAAUUAGAAGCAUCAAAAAUAAGUAAACAAGAGUUCAAAAGACUUCUCGGUCUUGCAAAACCCGAGAGAUGGAAACUGGCAGGUGCCAUAGUGCUGCUCCUUGUGUCCAGUACUGUGACCAUGGCUAUUCCCUUUGCUUUGGGCAAAGUAAUCGAUAUUAUCUAUACAGAAGAUUCCAAACAGAUGAAAAGCAACCUUAACGCUCUUUGUGCCACCCUGUUGGGUGUGUUCAUACUCGGAGGGCUGUGCAACUUUGGCAGGGUUUACCUCAUGAAUCUGUCUGGACAAAGAAUAACAAGGGCCUUAAGAGAGAGAGUGUUUGGAUCGGUAAUGAAGCAAGAAGUGGCAUAUUUUGAUCAAAAUCGCACUGGGGAGUUGAUCAACCGGCUGUCGACUGAUACCUCAGUGGUCAGUCAAUGUGUGACUAUGAACAUCUCCGACGGUCUGCGCUCCACGAUCAUGGUCUGCGCGGGGGUGUCAAUGAUGUUCUACAUGUCACCUGAACUGGCUCUUGUUGGUCUAGCAAUUGUUCCUCCUGUCGCAGGGAUGGCUAUUGUUUACGGCCGCUUUGUCCGUAACAUAACCAAGAGAGUACAGGAUUCAUUGGCGGAAGCCACACAAGUAGCAGAGGAGAGGAUAGGUAACAUUCGCACAGUGAAAGCGUUCAGCCAAGAACAACGAGAAAUACAAACUUACGCUGACAGGAUGCAACACGUACUAGAGCUGGCCACCAAAGAGUCCUUAGCACGUGGAAUCUUCUAUGGCAUGACAGGCUUGAGUGGCAACGCAAUCAUACUGUCAGUGCUGUAUUACGGCGGCGUGAUGGUCAGUGAUGCUAACAUCACUGUCGGCAAUCUCUCGUCAUUCUUGCUGUACGCUGCCUACAUUGGAGUCUCCCUGGGUGGUCUGUCUAGCUUCUACUCCGAGCUCAAUCGUGGUCUGGGCGCCAGCACUCGGCUCUGGGACAUCAUUGACCGUCAGCCAGCCAUACCUUGUAAAGGUGGGCUGGUGCUGGCAGAGCCACCGAAAGGAGAAGUGAGGUUUGACCAAGUUCGGUUCAGCUACCCUGCUCGUCCCGACUGUCCUAUACUGCACGAUCUCCAGCUCACCAUACCCAGCGGGAAAGUCACUGCCGUGGUAGGGGCUAGUGGCAGCGGCAAGUCUACGUUGGCAGCACUGUUGUUACGGCUGUAUGACCCACAACACGGCUCCGUGACCCUGGACGGUGUUCCUGUCAGCAGCUACGACCCAGUAUGGCUACGCUCACACAUCGGCUCUGUCAGUCAGGAACCUGUACUAUUUUCUGGGUCAAUCCGAGACAACAUAGUGUACGGGGCAGAACACCCGGAGAACGUCUCAGACAACCAAGUGGAGUGGGCUGCCAAGGAGGCAAAUGCUCACACUUUUAUCACCAAGGAGUUUCCAGAAGGUUUUAACACGAUCGUGGGCGAAAGGGGAGUCAUGCUGUCUGGUGGUCAGAAGCAGCGCGUGGCCAUUGCUAGGGCUCUCAUAAAGAAUCCAAGGAUUUUGCUUUUGGAUGAGGCCACAAGUGCUUUAGAUGCAGAGAGUGAACAUUUAGUGCAAGAAGCUUUAGAGAGGAUCAUGAAGGGUAGAACUGUGCUUACUAUUGCUCAUAGGCUUUCUACUAUUAAAAAUGCUGAUCAAAUAGCAGUUCUCUCUGGAGGCCGAGUGGUGGAGAUAGGCACAUACGAAGAAUUGAUGGCAGAAUGUGAAGGCGCUUUCAGCAAAUUAGUUAGACAUCAAACUUUCCAAUCAUGAUGAUUUCUUCUUCAGCCGCUUGACUAUGUACAAAGUGAUCUUUGUUAUUGUUUUGUUUUAUACUUUAUAGUUUAUUAUGAAGAAGUAUAUUGUUAUUGCAUAAAGUUUUAACGUAGGUGAAAGAACAAAAUAUAUCAUAUUUAAGUUUUA